AGCGGAGUCAGGGUCGGUGCUAUACACGUAGACCCAGCAGGAGUUUUGAUAGAUGGAGGAGUCGCUUCCGUGUUGUGUGGCACCCAUAACCCUAAGUUUCAACGUGAUGCCUUCUUUGUAGAUAGCCAGGGAAAAUUUAGCCGAUUAGUAGUUCCGUUCCACCUUUCAAUGCUUCGCGUUACUUCACAGGAUCAGCACGAUCAAUUGUUACUAUCGAAGUUUUCUUCUUCGCCUUAUUUGGACUCUUUCAUGGAAAUCUAUACAAUGCUUCGAAUGUCCAAAUCAAGACGUGAACUGAUUUUGCUAAUUCUGCCACUUGUUAAUGAUUCCUCCAAACUUGGAAAAGAUUUUGGAUGCAAUACCGAAGGAAUCGGCCGUCCUACAAUGAGUGUUGGUGAGUUUCUUGGAUUUAUCGACUGCAAAUCGACGAGCAGUGCCCUGUGGGAAAGAAAUUAUCCUGACGCUGACCUCUUCCGAUUCGGCGAAUUCGUCUUCGCGCCUUCGCUACAAGGACGCAUUGAUGUCGAGACCUUCUUCGAUAGUGUACUGGUCGAGCUGCCAUUCGCCUUAGCGGAUUUCGCUGAUCUUCUUUCCUUCGUUUUCAUUAGAUACCGGUCAGUGGUUGGCGGAGAGGGCUUCGUGAGUCUGUGCGAUCUUCUCUUUCGUUUCGAACAACUUCAUCCAGGUUCAUUGGAGAAAUGUGAAAAAAUGGCUCUGGAGUGUACAAAUUUGAGCCGAGCUCUCCUUCUUUAUGCUUCAUGUUGUCUUGUAAAAGCGAAACUGCCGAAGAAAUGCAAACUGGAAGCAGUUGAGCCAAUGGAGACUGGCGAAGAAGACGCUAUCGUCCAAGGUAUUUAG